UUCCGGGGUCGACAUUUCCGGUCUAGACAUUUCUGUGUAAACUCAGUUCCGUUUGGAGCGUUCGUUCUUCCGCCAUGGCGCAAGUGAGUAGUAAGUGUUUUUGCAGCGUACCACUGUGCUCUAAUUCCAAGCAAAAACAGCCUUAUUUGAGUUUCCACUCAUUUCCAGCUGAGGAGGAACUCAGAAAGAAGUGGGUGAUAGCCAUUAGAAGGAGUGAGGGGCCGAAUUUCAAAAUUCUUAGGAACAGCACGCAUGUGUGUAGCGCUCAUUUUGAGCCGCAGGACAUCUACGUUACACCAAAGGGCAAGACGUGGCUGAAGAAAGGUGCGAUACCGCGUCGUUUUAGCUGGACUCGGCCAGCCAGGCAGUCUGUGUACAGCAGAGUGAAUUCCCGUCUCGGAGAUUCUGCUCGUUUGGACGAGGAGGGCGCGAUAGGGGAGCAGGCUGUCGGUGUGCUGGAAGAAGAGGGAGACGGGAGCGCGGCUGUGCGGGACCACGACUACGUGACUCGGCCGACUCCCGGAGCUGUUGAGGAGUUGCUUGAAAAAAUCAAAGAUCUUGAGGAGCAGUUUGAGAGGUUGACUGUCAUCAGGACGCAGUUCAGCAGAUUUUGUGUUUCGGAUGAAAAUUUUAAAUAUUACACCAAAUUCCCUUCUGAGCAGCACUUCACUGUUUUUUGGAGAUCUAUUGAGCCAUCAGCAAGCAGACUCAUCUACUGGAGCAAAGCGCAAAAAAUGGGAAAAGAGGCCGCUGCGAAUGCAACACCAAGUCCAUCUUGCAAGCUACAGCUGAUUGACGAGUUCUUCAUGUAUUCCCUUCGCACUGCAGUGGGAUUAAAGGAGAAAGUUUUGGCUGACAUGUUUGAAGUGAGCCUUUCAAGUGUAAGCAGGGUGAUCAUUACGUGGGCCAACUACCUGUAUGCAGUCCUUGGUUCAGUUCCAAUAUGGAUGACACGGGAACAAGUGAGAAGACACCUUCCCUCAAAGUUCCGAAAAUAUUGCCAGAAUGUCCGAGUCAUUUUGGACUGUACUGAGCUGCGUUGUGAGUCACCAAAUGCAAUCACUCUGCAUUGUGAGACUUUCUCCACGUACAAGUCUCACACAACUUUCAAGGGUCUCAUUGGGGUUUCUCCAAGUGGUGUCGUCACCUUUGUCUCCAGGCUUUUCACCGGUGCUGUCUCAGACAAGGAGAUCACUAGGCUGUCUGGCAUUAUUGAUCUGUUGGAGGAAGGUGAUGAAGUCAUGGCAGACAAAGGUUUUCUUAUUGAAAACUUGUUGUCUGUUGCUGGAGCAAAACUUAUUAUUCCACCUUUCAAACACAAGGCUCAGUUUACAAAGGAGGAGACAGAGCAAACUCAAGCCAUUGCACGGUUGAGGAUUCUGGUAGAACGAGUCAUUCGCAGAGUAAAAGAAUUCCAUAUAUUUGACUCUGUAAUUCCUCUCACCCUAGCAGGCAGCAUUAAUCAAAUAUGGGCCAACUGCUGCCUGCUGGCGAACUACCAAGGACCCAUGGAACUUAACCCACGCUAACUGGAGCAUCAUGCACCCUUCUUGUCAGUCACCCUCAAUCAAAAAGUGCGCUUUUCCACCAGCAAGUCGAACAUGGUGAACAUGGGCGAUUGAGUCGACAUUGGGGCACUUCACUUCCACUAUUCCAAAUGGUGGGUUUUCUG